AAUGACAAGAUGGUUUGUCUCGGUAUUACAGCACCACGCGCCGAAUAUUUUAAAACAGACUCAUGUUAAACAAAGCCGCUUUUAAAAGAGAGUCACAGUCUGAAAAUAUCAGUCGUCUGCUACAGAUCAUCCGUAAAGAUGAUUCGCAUAUGUAACCUGAUGGUUCUAGCGACUGCACUAACUGCAGUACUGGGGUCUCCAGUGCAUACAUCUUCUGUAUACUUGCAAAGAGGACCCCCGCCGGUAGAAUAUGUGAGUUACGAAGUUCCCGUGGCGGCGGCUGGUGGAUACAACAUUGGGCCAACGUUGUACGCCAACUACCAACCUCCAUGCGUGGCUCCUUGCGUCGUGGAGGGUGCGGCGGCUCCCCAACCAGCUGGUAAAGCGAAGACUGCGGAAGCCAAGGCUGCUGAACCCAACAUGGUCAUAUUACCAGGUCAGACUGUAUCGAGUCCUUACGAUUACGCGUACGUGAUAUACAACGAGGCUGCAGGGCCGCAGCAGCAGAUACCCGCAGAGGGCAUCGUGAGCGCCCAGUUCGAGUACAGACCGUACUACGGACAAGAGAUUUUGUACACCACUGAUGUUGUCAAUGGGUACAAUACAUAUUUCCGCAACUACGUUCCGCAAGUGCAAAGUGGUGUUGGAGUAAAGGCACAGAGAGGUCACGGAGGAUAUUAUGUAGGCCAGCAUGGCUACACUAUAGCCCACAGCAGUGGUGUUUCUAGUACUACCCUGCCCCCGACAACAGUAUCUACAGAAAAACCAGAACCAGAGAAAGAAGAACCAAAAAAAGAAGUAGAAAACUUGAAAACAUUGGAAGAGAUGGAAGUGAAGGAAGACAAAGAACCUGAGUUAUUAGAAGACAGCGCAGAAAUGUCAACCGAAGAAAUGCCAGGAGCUGAAGAUGACCUCAAAUAUAUAUUGACAUUUGAGGAUUUAAUCAAAUGCACUCAAAACAACGAUGGUAGUAACCCACAUAACCAUAAAGGUCAUAAUCAUAACCACAAUAAGCCCAGUGCUGAAGAAGAUAAAAAACCUGAGCACAGCGGACAUGAAUCGUCUCCUGAAAGCCCUAAAGAAAACAAAGAUAACUCAGAAGGUGCCCCUGCAUCCGGUGAAAAUACAUCAGAAAUGGAAGAGCCUAAAACAGUAUCAGAAAAUCCCACUAAAGAAAUUUCAUCAUCAAAACACCACAAAAAGUCUCCAGUAACUUACAUUAUUCUCCCACAAAUUGCAGCAUCUAAGCCAUGUUGAAUACAUAAUAUAUUCUAGUCUACAUAUAGUUGAUUUGAAUGAAGUUUUUUUAAGUAAAUAUAAGCUGUGUCUAAAUUAUUACUUAAAAUCCAAAUACCUACUUAAGUUAUUUAUUGUAACCUCUAUGUAGCAUGUAUAAAACAAUAUUUUCAAAACCUCUAGGAACUUAAAAAUAUAUAAUUACAGAAUGUAUGAUUUAGAAAAACCUUA